AAGUGUGUGUGUUUCUCAAUUUAAAUGAGUGGAAAGACAGAAGGAACAACAUCUUAUCAGAAGAGAACACUCAAGGGCCAAAGACUCAAGACAGACUUAAGAAAGAGCACUGGAGUUUCAGCAAAUCCUACACCUGGAAAAAAUCUAUUUCUAAAUAAUAUUUUAGGUGUAAUAAUAGUAACAAUGUCUACCGGUUCACAGAGUGACGCCGAUGAUGCACUAGAAACAUCACUCACACGCCUUGAUUCUCACUCUGAUGAUGACUUUAAUGAUGAUGAAGGACUCAACACCAAGCCUAAACAAACAAACAUGCAAAAGCGUUUGAAAAGCCCCAAAGAUGGACGACAGUCGCAGCGUCAUGCAGCAAACGCACGUGAAAGAGCGAGGAUGAGAGUCCUAGCAAAAGCCUUCUCACGUCUGAAGACGAGUUUACCAUGGGUUCCUGCAGACACCAAACUGUCCAAACUGGAUACACUGAGACUCGCCUCAAGCUACAUCAAUCAUCUCAGACAGCUGCUGCAUGAGGACAAAUAUGAAAAGACCCUCGUCCACCCGGUAAAUUUGUCAUGGCCUUUUAUGGUUUCAGGAAGACCAGAUGACACAAAAGACAUUUCGACUUUCAGACUGUGUGGAGCUACAGCCUAGAUAUUCAUCACUCUCUUCUCUGUUUGUUUCCUUAUCAAUUUCUUUGUAUUGGAAUGACAGACACCAGAUGCAUAUUAGCAAAGACCGGGUAUUUUUUUCUUGUUACUCUUUCUUAGCUGUAGCUCUUUUUCUUUUUUCUCUUUUUUUUUGUUAUACAAAGAGCCAGAAUUUCAUCCAGAAUUGAAAUGUACACAGUUUUCCUCAGUCACAUUUAAUGUCUUUAGGAGAUCACUUGAGUUCUGAGGCAGAAUUGUUCAGUAGCUCCAUCAAAAUUACAGUCAUAGGAUGGAGAAUGACAUUUUAAAGGGACAUUUUAAAAUAAAAUAUCUGAAUAUUUGAAUGUCCUACAUUCUCAUAACGGUACUUUAGCCAUGUAUUUUGAAUGACUUUAUUCCUUUUUCUUUCUCAUUCUUACUCUUAUCGCCAAAUCCUUCCAGUGAGCUAACUGCCUGUGAAUUAAGUUUCAGUUAUUUUCUUUUACAGACUCUGUAUAUGUUUUUUUUUUAAAUCCCACUUCAUAGAUACCUAAAAUUUACACUUGCAUGGACUUUUGUUUCAUGGUUGUUGUUCAGUAUAAAUUCAUCACCACACCCAGAAUGUUUCAUAUUUUAUUUUUAUUUUGUGAACACUGUUUAUACGUCACUGUGUGAAAUUUAAUAUCUAGUCUUUUUUUUUCUUGCAUUAUGUCCAGUUAAUAUGCAUGAUU